GGUUGAACACCACAUUUAGCCAUUUCUGAGUGUUUCUCUGCGUUUUUUGAGUAAACAUACAGACUGUGUUUAGUUCCGGAGUUGACAACAGCGUCAUGGCGUGGAGGCCCCAUGAUGAAUGGCGACAUCUCUCGCUCACCUCCCAGUCAGUCUGGCACGCUGGAAGAAACCCUGCAGCAGAUGAACAUCCUCAUCCAGGAGAACCGAGACUUGAAAGAGGCCCUGCGCCAGACCAACCUGACGAUGAAGGAGCGUUUCGAGGGUCUGUCUGCGUGGCGACAAAAGCAGAAGGAGGAGCGGGACUUCCUGGAGAGCAGGCUGGAGGAGGCUCGGGGCCGCAUGGAGGCGCUGACCCUCCAAAACCAGGAGCUGACCAGGAGAACAGAGGAGGAGGGGAGGAUAGGAGGAGCUGCCGGAGGCUUGAUGGCGCUGUCAGCCAAUCAGAGUGCAGAGCUGGAUGCCCUGCGUGCCCAGGUUGCUCGCCUGCAGGCAGAGAAGAACGACCUGGUGGCUAUGAACUCUGAGCUGCAGCUGAAGGCGGAGCAGGACUUGCAUGACGACUCCUUCAUUGAGAUCAUCCAGGUCUCGGAUGGCGGCGUCGCGGGUGUGAAUGAUGCAUGUGGUUUGGAGCGCAGCAGACGUGCGGACCUGAGCAUGACGGCGUCCCGGCUGGACAGUGAGGAGAUGACUGUCAGCCAACUCCUCCAUUCCCUGAGGAACGAGACACAGCGGUCCGAACGGCUGCAGGCCGAGCUGCAGUCUUCUGCUGCCAGAAUUAGAGAGCUGGAGGAGAGGAAGAGUAUUGUAGAUAAAUCAACACAGACCACCGAAGAAGAGACCACAGUGACCAAGGAGGAUUCUGGGCAAGAGGCAGCGUCUGAAGUGGAGAAUCUGAAGUCUCAGAUGAUGACGCUGUUUAAAGAGCUGCAGCAGGCCCAGAGCAAGCUGGAUGAGGCCGAAGGCAUGAAGAAGAACCUGCAGGACAGAUGUCGGGAGGUGGAGCAGGAUGUGGCCACCUUGAAGGCCCAGCUGGUGGAGAAACAGACCGUUCAGUCGGAGAAUGACCGGCUGAAGCUGCAGGUGGACAGCAUGCAGGCCCAGAGCCAGCUGGAGCAGAGGAAGGCUGGAGAGGAGAGGAACAAUCUGGCCCAACUGAAGGAUGCAUACACCAAACUGUUCGAAGACUACAAUGAGCUCAAAGAGGAGAAAAAGAAGAGAGAGUCUCAGCUGGUGCAGAAGGAGGUGGUGGAUCAGCUGCAGGAGCGUCUGAGUGCUGCUGAGGAGGCUUUGGCUAAAAAACAGGAACACAUAGAUCACAUGAAGCAGGAGAUCUUCCAGAAGGAGAAGGAGCUGGAGACCAUAUCUGUGUUCCAGGCUCAGGCAGAGGUUUACUCCUCAGACUUCUACGCAGAGCGAGCAGCGAGGGAGAAGCUCCAUGAAGAGAGGGAGCGUCUGGCUGCUCAGCUGGAGUACGUAAAGAAGCAGAACAGCCAGCUACAGGAGGAGAUGGAGUCACUGGGCAGACGGUCGUUGAAUGAGAUGCAAAGGAGACAUGUGUCGCUGGGAGGAAAUCAACACGGAGCUGGUGCUAGUCUGGUUGGAAGAGGUACAGACUGGCAGCAUCAGGGGAAUAUUCCCGAACACGCAUGUCCCAAGUGCAACGAGAUCCUGCCGGACCUGGACUCACUGCAGAUCCACAUUAUGGACUGCAUCAACUAGACCUGUGUCAUUACGAGCAUCCACGACAACAGCGGCUACAUUAGCACCUUAAUCUGAGUCUUCCUCUGCUUUUACCUGUACCUCAACUCGGGUCCCUGAGACAACUCGCCAUAGUUCCACGAUAAACUCAGUACCAUUUAUUCUAGGAUGAGCACCUUACUUUUGGUAGGAUUUAAGAUAAAAGAUUUCAAAGCUGUAGCAGGGGUUUUACUUCCUGAAAAUAAAUGGCCAUCUCUAGUUUGUUUAAUCUGAGAAUAAAGAUUUGAAAUGGAACCGAAUAUUGCAGGAUGUCAUCUGGUACAUGGUCUGUUUGUUGCUGUAAGGGCUGAAAUGAAGUUGGAGAUUAAUUUCUUCAAGAAAAAACCAAAUCUGUAAUAAAAAAAAAAAAGAGAAACUGCAGGAAUGCUUUGAUAUUAAUUUGGUGCUGUCUGCCUUUCAUGCACAUAUUAGAUAAGUUCUGUUUUUACAAGUUGCAUUCGUUUACCAAGUAUUUGGUUGCUGAAGGCUUUAUUUUUGAAGAUAUUCCCCUCAAAUUAAAAUGAGAUUCUGUCUAUAUUUUUAGCUUGAGAAGGAUAUUUUAGCUCAUGACUGCAUUGUUGGUGUUGGAGGGAGCAUGCACCAUGUAGGCACUUUAAUAUGAAGAUAUAUAUUUUAUUUUGACUCUGCAGAUGAUACCUAGUAAUCUGAAUGUAAUAUAUUUAACUGGUAAUCAACCUAUCACUGUAAACGACAGCCUUUGUAAGUUUAUAUGCAAGGAGGCUACAACACCCGGCUGAUUCUGUUGUCUGUAAAGUAUAAAGGUCUUUUGAUUCCAUGUUGUAUUUCUGUGAAUGAAAAUAAAAUAACGGUCAAAUUUC